AUGUCCUCAGAUUUCCGCUUCCAGCUUAUGUGCGUGCUGGCUGGCGCGCUGGUGAUCAUUGCAUUUGUCUUUGUCCGGCGCUUCUUCAUCCGCCGUCAGCUCACACUCCGCUAUGGUUGUAAACCACUGGCGAGAUCCUUCAAUAAGGAGCCUUUCUUGGGCCUCGACGUUAUCCCUGUGAUCAUCCGUGAUCUCCGACAGCAUAAGGUUCUUGAAGCGAGCUGCGAGCGCUUUCGUACCUAUGGAAGCACAUUCGCUGUCAAGGAGCUCUUCCAUCAUUUGAUCUUAACCACGGAGCCCCAAAAUAUCAAAACUGUCCUGUCAACCAGUUUCAAGGACUAUGGCGUCGGCUACCGCCUUCAAGCAUUCAAGCCUCUAUUGGGUGCUGGAAUCUUUGAUACCGAUGGCGACCACUGGGCCUCCUCACGGGCCCUCCUGAGGCCCAACUUUACCCGUGACCAGGUCGCAGACCUGACCUCGUUUGAGAAUCUGAUCCAGGACCUCUUCUCAUUGCUUCCGCGUGACGGACAGACCGUAGUGGACUUGCAGGAUCUCUUUUUCCGCUACACCAUUGAUUCCGCGACCGAGUUCCUGUUCGGACAGUCUGUCGGCAGUCUGAAGAAGAUGGAAUCGGAGCUCAAUUUUGCUCAGGCAUUCAAUGAUGCACAGAACGCAAUCAUAUUGAGAGCUACUUUGGGUCCCUUGAACCUGUUUUACCACGACCGGCGAGCCGAGAGGAGCGAACGCAUCUGCCGAGACUUCGCCCAACAGUUUGUUGAGCAGGCACUCUACGCAGUCGAGUCCGGCAAGGAUGCCAUGGAGAAAAGACAACCUGAGACAGAGAGACAGAAGUAUAUCUUUUUACACCAAUUGGCAUGGCGCACCUCCGACAAGCGUCGUAUUCUGGACGAGCUUAUGAAUGUUCUGUUAGCUGGUCGUGAUACUACUGCAAGUCUGCUCAGCAAUCUGUUCUUCAUGUUGGCUAAGCAUCCGGCAAUUUGGGAUAAAGUGCGCAGAGAUAUAGCUGGACUACAAGGCCGGGUACCCACUUACGAGGACCUUCGCAGUCUGAAAUAUGUCCAGUGCUGCAUCAAUGAAUCGCUACGUCUCCAUCCAGUGGUUCCGCGAAACCAACGUGAGGCUGUACGAGAUACUGUGCUUCCAGUUGGAGGAGGCAAGGAUGGCCUCUCGCCCGUGUUUGUGCCAAAGGGCACUCGAGUGUGCUAUAACAUAUAUGCCAUGCAUCGACGCAGCGACUUCUACGGACCAGACGCUGACACAUUCCGUCCGGAGCGUUGGGAGACUGGACGGUUGCAGCCACGCUGGGAGUAUUUACCGUUCAAUGGCGGUCCACGAAUCUGCCUCGGCCAGCAAUAUGCACUGAUUGAAGUUGCCUAUGUUGUGGUUCGCAUGGCUCAGGAGUUCAGAGUCUUGGAGAGUCGUGACCCAGGACCGUGGGAGGAGUCGUUGUCUUUGACUCUGUGCUCCCGCAAUGGAACGAAGGUGUCACUUACUCCAGCUUGA